CGGGGCCUUGUCCCACUGCUGAACGGAGCCUUGUCGCGGCGGAGUGGGCCCAGCUGCCCACGGCCUGACGGCAUGGCCCCACCAGGUUGUGCUGGAGUUCUCAGGGCGUAGGACAGUCGCUGAGGCAGCAAAGGUCCCCGUGAGGAUGGGAUGGCCGGGCCGGGCUGGUCUGUUCUGAGCACCGUCGUCCCCGCGGCCAGACCAGCAUGGCGAGCAGAGAGGGCAACGCUUUCUGAAGACUUCCUCCUAGACGACUGGCAAGUUCCGAGACCCACAGGAUACAGAUUUCUCCGGAAGGUCGGGACGAAGCCCACUGUUCAAGAACAGGAGGCCCGUGACGUUGGCAGAGGCGAGAGCCACCGGACCCCCCAAGGGUGCUGAGAAAUGUGGGUCCUCGGGGGUCACGGUGCCCGUCGGCUCCAGGCCGUGCGGCGGGUCAGGGCCCUGGGGCUCUGAGUGACCCACCGGACACUCGCAGCGGCCUCGCUGCCCACAGGCACUCGCUGCUGAAGCCCUGCCGCGGCCCCGGCCCAGGAGGAUGUGUGCCCGCACUGGGGGGCCGCUCGCCGCCCUCGCCAUGGUGUUUGGGGCAGCGGUGGCAUUUGCACCCAUACCUAGGAUCACCUGGGAGCACACAGAGGUGCAGCUGGCGCAGUUUCACCAGCCGGGCAUCUUCAACUACUCGGCCCUGCUGCUGAGCGAGGACGAGGACAUCCUGUACGUGGGCGCCCGGGAAGCCGUGUUUGCUGUGAGCGCACUCAACGUCUCCCAGAAGCGGCACGAGGCAUAUUGGAAGGUCUCAGAAGAUAAACAAGCCAAGUGCGCAGAAAAGGGAAAGUCAAAACAGACCGAGUGUCUCAACUACAUCCGAGUGCUCCAGCCGCUUGGCACCGCUGCCCUGUACGUGUGCGGGACCAACGCCUUCCAGCCGGCCUGUGACCACCUGGACCUGACGUCUUUUCAGUUUCUGGGGAGAAACGAAGACGGCAAAGGAAGAUGUCCCUUUGACCCGGCACAGAGCUACACGUCUGUGAUGGUCGACGGAGAGCUUUACUCUGGGACGUCAUACAACUUUUUGGGAAGCGAGCCCAUCAUCUCCCGGAAUUCCUCCCACAGUCCUCUGAGAACGGAGUACGCGAUACCUUGGCUCAACGAGCCCAGCUUUGUCCAUGCCGAUGUGAUUCGAGCGAGCCCGGAAGGCGCCGAGGGCGGGGACGACAGGGUCUACUUCUUCUUCACGGAGGUGUCUGUGGAGUACGAGUUCGUCUCCAAGUUGAUGAUCCCCAGGGUCGCGCGGGUGUGCAAGGGGGACCAGGGCGGCCUGCGGACCUUACAGAAGAAGUGGACCACCUUCCUGAAGGCCAGGCUGCUCUGCUCCAGGCCGGACGGCAGCCUCUUCUUCAACGUGCUGCGCGCCGUCUUCGUCCUCAGGGCCCCGGACCUGAAGGAGCCCGUGUUCUACGGGGUCUUCACCCCGCAGCUGAACAACGUGGGGCUGUCGGCCGUGUGCGCCUACAACCUGUCCACUGCCGAGGCGGUCUUCUCCCGUGGGAAGUACAUGCAGAGCGCCACCGUGGAGCAGUCCCACACCAAGUGGGUGCGCUACAGCGGGCCGGUGCCCUCGCCCAGGCCCGGGGCGUGCAUCGACCGCGAGGCGCGGGCCGCCAACUUCUCCAGCUCGCUCAGUCUGCCCGACAAGACGCUGCAGUUCGUCAAAGACCACCCUCUGAUGGACGACUCUGUGACCCCGACAGGCACCCGGCCCCGGCUGGUCAAAAGCGGUGUGAACUACACCCAGAUUGUGGUGGACAGGACCCAGGCCCUGGACGGGACCGUGUACGACGUCAUGUUUGUCAGCACAGACCGGGGCGCCCUGCACAAGGCCAUCAGCCUGGAGAGCGACGUCCACAUCAUCGAGGAGACGCAGCUCUUCCAGGACCUGGAGCCAGUUCAGACCCUGCUGCUGUCCUCCCAGAAGGGAAGAAGGUUCAUCUAUGCCGGUUCCAACUCGGGCGUGGUCCAGGCCCCGGUGGCCUUCUGUGGGAAGCACAGCACCUGUGAGGACUGCGUGUUGGCCCGGGACCCCUACUGCGCCUGGAGCCCAGCCACGGUGGCCUGCGUGGCCCUGCACCAGACCGAGAGCCCCCGCAGGGAUCUGAUCCAGGACAUGAGUGGGGAAGUGUCCGCUUGCCCCGAUGAAAGUAAGGGAAGUUCCCGGCAGCAUUUGCUCAAGCAUGGCGGCACCGCAGCGCUCAAAUGCUCCCCAAAGUCCAACCUGGCGCGGGUGGUGUGGAGGUUCCAGAGCGGCGUGCUCAGGGCCGAGGGCCCCAAGUACAGCCUGGUGGGCGGGACCCUGCUCAUCUUCAACCUGUCGGAAGGAGACAGCGGGGUGUACCAGUGCCUGUCGGAGGAGAGGGUCAGGAACAAGACGGUCUCGCGGGUGAUGGCCAAGCACGUGCUGGAGGUCAGGACGGCCCCCCGGGCCUCAGGGGCCUUCUCGCCAGCCACCCGGACAGAAGGUGCUGGGACCCCCCCCAACGUGUCAGCGGGGUCCGUCCGAGGCUCCUCUCCCCAGACCCCAGCGGGGCGGCUCACCACACCUUCCGGCCCGGCGCCCACCAGCGCGUCCUGCGAACCAAAGGUCAUCAUCCACACCGUCCCCCAGGUCCAGUCGGAGAAGACCCUGUACCUCAAGUCCAGCAACGACCGCCUCCUCUUGUCCCUCUUCCUCUUCUUCUUCGUCCUCUGCCUCUGCCUCUUUUCCUACAACUGCUACAAGGGCUUCCUGCCCGGGCCGUGCCUGCGGCUCCGCUCCGCCCUGCUGCUGGGGAAGAAGCAGCCCGCCUCGGACUUCUCCGACUGCGAGCAGAGCGUGAAGGAGACGCUGGUGGAGCCGGGCAGCUUCUCCCAGCAGAACGGGGGGCAGCCCCGGCCGGCCCCCGACACCGGCUACGAGACAGAGCAGGACACCACGGCCAGCAGGGCGCCCACCGACAGGGAGGACUCGCAGAGGAUCGACGAGCUCCCGGUCAGGGACAGGCCGUUCGACGUCAAGUGCGAGCUGAAGUUCGCCGACUCGGAUGCGGACGGGGACUGAGGCGCUGUGGGGAGGGUCUUUGUGUUCCUGUGCAGUAGCCUCGUCCCGUGCCGCCUGGGUAGCCCGUCCUCUGCAAACCUCAGUCUUGUGUCUUUUCUCUUGGGGUGAACUCGUGACUUGGUUUCUCUUUGUCCUUUUGGAAAACGGCAAGCCUCCUCGUCAGUCAGUCGGUGGGAGCCGGAGAUGUGCCCGCGGGCGGGGCGGGGCGGUGGCCGGGCAGCCGCUGGCCUGGAGCAGCACUAGACCGUCACCUCAGAAAGCAGCCCGAGAGGCCUCGCAUCCCAGGUUGGAAAGGACGUGUAGUUGAUCAGUGGGUCAUGGGUCGCCUGCUGUCCAGGUUGGCACGAAGCUCUUCCUCCACAUAAUUGUUUCUAGGAUUUUGCUUUGAGUUGAAGUGUUCGGUCAUUUAUUGUUUAAGUCACUAAAGCAGAUGCUUUGAUAUUUAGAAGAUGCACAUCUUCUAGGUUUUGCUGUAUGUUAGGAUACGCUAUGGCUUCCGUUGCUGGAGAUUCUCAGGGAUAAACUUACUUUUGCUAAAUGCGUUCUCUCUGCUUUUGGAAAUGCAGACAGUCACCUGUUGAGCACACUGACUUUUUAAACAUUUUAUUCCUAAGGGAGGUGUCCUUUCAGAGAAGAUUUCUUUCUGUACCAUUUUUCUCAUUUUAAGUCUUGAAGAGGAGCGGGCGUGGGGGACUGCCCCGUGACCACCGGCAGGGUUUUGAGCGAGGACGGUGGCCCCUGGGGAGCCUGGCUGGCCCAGAGCGCAGGGACGAGCGAUUCACAAUCAAUUGCCCAUGGCCACUGGAGUCUGAUCAUCCGAACAUCUGUUCCUUUUGGCUUCCGUUCCACACCUCUUACCCAGCAGCCUUUCCACUUGGCCGACCUGAGCGUCCACAGCUGGGAGAGUGAGCAGGGAGGGCGGGCGUGUCCACGGUGCUGCGGACCCGCCCUGCGGACCCGGGUGGCCUGCGCGUCUUUAAGGUGGGGCGGGCGGGCGGUGCAGUUUAACAGCACGGACCUCACCGUCCACGGACCUCACCGUCCAAACGCCCACAAGAGGAGACCUUUCCGAGGCAAAGCAGUAACCUGGAUGUGUGUCCUGUGCGGACAGCGUGAUAGAGUUCCACUGUGUUGGUGUAAACAUUUGUGUUUUAUAAGAUUUAAUUUGUUGUUAUUUUUCUACUUUGAAUUGUAUACAUUUGAAAAGUAACCGAAUAAAUGAGAAGCUUAUAUCCUGA